GGCAGUCAGGCAGUGCCGUGCACAGAGGCAGGGCAAUGCUCACAUCCGUGUCCAAUGUCCAAUGUGCCAUGUCCAAUAUCCAUUUCCAUUCCCAUUUUCAUUGCCAAUUUAAUUUUUGUUCAUAUUUAGAUUAUAGUAACCCAUGCGAAAUUCGCUUCAGGUUUUCUUUUUGGCAUUUCCAAAUAUCUGUGCAAAUUAUUGAGGGGGCAUUGGGGAGUCCUUGAUCCGGACUUGACUAGUCAGCAUAUACUAAUUGCCUCUCUCUCUUUCUAUUUCUGUCUUUUUAUGUUUGUGUGUAAACAAACAGACAACUGGUGAUUCGUAAGCCUUAAGCUGGCGCUCAAGGUGAGGAAGCAUCUUGCCUCAUACUCGCCCACACUGCUGAGCGCCGCGUUCACCAGCUUGAACAGCGCCUAUCACAGCAGCAGUGACACCGCCCCGGACGAGGAGCCGGAACCACUUAGCCCAGCGCACCGCCAACGACAUCGCAGACACAGUCACAGCCACAGUCACGGACAUAGUCACAGUCACAGUCACGGACACAGUCAGAGUCACAAUCACAGUCACAGCCACAGAGAGAGCCACAGUCAGAGCCACAGCGGCGAGAUGGGUGGGCCGACGCCCGUGGCCAGCAGCGAGGGUCAAACGUACUGUUUGCGCUGGAACAAUCAUCAAACGAAUCUGGUCCAGAUCCUGCACGCUCUGCACGAGGUGGGCAGCUAUGUGGACUGCACCCUGGUCGUCGACGACGAGCAAUUCAAGGCGCAUCGCGUUGUCCUCGCGGCCAACUCGCCCUACUUUCAGGCCAUAUUGCAGGACGUGCCGCAGGAUCAGUGCAGCAUCAUACUGCCGGGCGUUAAGGGCUUCGAGAUCGCUGCCCUGCUGCAGUACAUGUACACAGGUGAGACAACGGUGACCAAGAGCCAGGAGCCAGAGAUCCUGCGCACUGCCAAGGAGCUGCAGGUGAAGGGCCUCUACGACAAUUUGAUGAAGUUCAAUCACAAGGCGACGAGCGUGUCUGACGAGCGUACGCAGAGCUCACAAUUCCAGGGCAGCACAGGUGCUCCACAUCACCAACACCAUCAGCAGCAACAGCAACACCACCACCAUCACCACCACAAUCAGCAGCAGCAGCAGCCACAGCACUCUGCGCCCACCUCCAGCUCCUCCGCCGCAUCGGGUAAGCCACUGAAUGGAUCUGGCUCCACAGCUGGCACUGAGGGCAACUAUGGCCAGCAUCAGCCCCAUCACAGCCAGCUGAAUUCCUCCUCCGUGAUCUCAACAUCCACACACAUAUCGCCCAGUGCCGCCAUCUCGAGCAGCUGCUCGCCACCACCGCCGCCCUUCGGCAGCUAUCAGACGCCUUACACGAGCUUCUCGGCCAGCAGCGGUUCCAUCAAUCCAAUCAUCGCCGCUGGCGAGGCACCACUGACACCCACACACUCCAGCUCCCAUCCAGCGGCUGGCGAGGCUGGGCAAUGGCCGCUCUCACCCUCAGCCGCAGCAGCUGCGAUGCUCAAUUCGGUAUACGAAUCGGCGGCCGAUAUGAAUCCGCUGAAGCGCAAGAAGCUGUCGGCCAUCUCGAGCAUGCUGCUCAAUACGACACGGGACACGCCGAUACUGCGCAAUGUCUUGGCACAGGCCAACCCAGCUGACUCCUCACAGCCGAAUCCGCUCCUGCUGCCAGGCGUUAAGCAGUCAGCAGAGAAGACGACGCCCACGCAUCACCAUGGCUCGAGUGCAUCCGGCGGCGCCGGCAGUCACAGCUUCAAUGGCUCCGACUAUGGCGGCGAUAAGGAGCCACUGUCGCCGCACACGGAUCGCUCCUUCGACGAGGAAACCGGCGGCCAGGCGGGCAAGAAGCCAGAAUGGAAGCGCUACAAGCAAUACACCCGAGCGGACAUGAUGUGCGCCAUACAGUGUGUGCGCGAGGGCAUGAGCGCCCUGCAGGCCAGCCGCAAGUUCGGUCUGCCCAGCCGCACGCUGUACGACAAGGUGCGCAAGCUGAACAUCACAACUGGUCGCGGCACACAUCGCACACCCAAGCGCAGUCCACCUGGUGUCGAGUCCUCGGCCGCCUUUCCCUACUCGGCUGCAGCGGCAGCGGCAGCGGCUGCCCACAACUAUGGACAAACGGAGCUGGAGCGUGAGCCGAAGGAGCACGGACAUGGUCAUGGCCAUGGUCAUGGCCAUGGUCACGGCCACGGUCAGGCCCCGCACCACGGCAUGCCGCCCACAAUUCCGCACUCGGCUGCUGCGCUCCUGGAUCACGCCUUUCUGCAGCAGGCACUGGAGAAUCGUGGCGGGGAUAUAGCCGGUCGAGAGGCAUUGCAUGCCAUGGCCUUGGCGGCCGCUGCUCAUGCAGCUGCCAAUCGCAUGUCCAGCAGUCCGCCCGGCUCGAACGGACAUGCCGCACGCUCGCCUAGCCAUUACGCCGAGGAGGAGAAGCACGACGAGCAGCGUCUGAUAAAGCGCGAGGCCAUUGAGGAGGAGCGCGAUGCCGACGAUGAGGAUGAUCACGAUCAGGUGGAGGACCUGUCGCUGGCACGCAAAGAGCGGCCCGAAUCGCCCUACUCGCCUGGCCCGGCACGCGCCGCCUCGCCCAUGGAGAGCGCCAGCGUCAUCAUGCACUCCAAUUCGGCUUCGCUGUCCACAAACGGCAAAGAUGCGCCCGAGCUGGAGGCGGAGCGCGAUCGUGACCAGGAGCUGGAAGAGUACAGCGAAGCCGCAUCGCCAGCAUCGCAAUCGAUGAGCCUGCCCCUGGGCCUGGGUCUCAAGCGUGAGCUGCUGGGCAGCGACGAGGCGCAGGCGCGCACCGACUGAUUGAUGCUGACGAUGGCCUGGCAGUAUGCAGCCGAUAGCCACGAUUCCAUAUACUAGGCCACCCACACCCACACACACACACACACACACACAUUUAGACGCUUGUGUAUUAGCAAGCUUUCUUCUUCUUCAUGUAAGACGCGCGCACAUUUCAUUUCUGGUUUCGACGUACAACGUGCAAAACUUAUUUUUGUUGUGUUCUCAACUUCAUCGACAAGCCUCGGCGUCGAUCUAGCGGUAGUGAAGCUUUAAACAUCUAAAAUUUCCCAGCAAAAAAAAAAAAA